UUAUGACUUGGUAUUAAAAACUUCCUUCUGCAGUAUUUAGAGGGUGACUAUUAAAUUAUUACAAUUCUAAUGUGACAAUAAACACAUGCAACUUAACGUUUUUAUAGACAGUGUUCGAUAAUGACUAUUCUGAGUAAGAUGAUUUUUGUACAGAAGCUGAAUUUGCGAAACGAAAUGACUUUUUUUAUAAUUUAAAAGAUGAUUUUGAAGGAGUCCGACGGACUUCCUUGACACAAAAACAUGGAGUCCGAGUCUCAUUUCGAGGAGUCUCGGACCACCGGACUCCCGUUAGUGUCGAACACUGGAUUGUGUGUUUAUCAUGCUUUAAUGUAAACUUGAUAGUAAUCCAAUAAAAUAGUGUGUUUUAAACUAAGUUUCGAUAAAAACUUGGAAGAAUAGAAGUGGAAGUGCAUAUAGUUUCAAGGUGUUUGUUAUUAACUUUGGAUUAAAGUUGUCAACUUAAUUGUUAUAAACAAUGGGUUAACGGUGUCAUUAAGAGAUCAAAGGUACCCGACGAUGAUGUCUUGUGUCCAUUUUGUGUGUCGGGAAAGACUCGACAAUUCAAGAAAGUCGGAGACCUGCGACACCAUGUUAAGAACAAACAUCCCAUAGAAAUGGAGCAUGCUCCAAAAAGUCUUUUCUCCACGAAGACGUGUUUUUAUUUCUCAAUUAAUCCACUGGAAUAUUCUAAACUGCAUGACGUGGACAAGGAAAUGUCACCGGAAGUCCAGUAUGCCAGAUAUCUCAUGGCUAAAUGGUCGACGGGUAGAAGCCCCGGAAUCGAGGAGAGGACUGGCACGUGGGAGGAAGCCCUAAACAAACCUUCCCCACGUCAACUCCUCAACAAAUCUCCCCCACGUCAACUCCUCAACAAACCUCCCCCACGUCAACUCCUCAACAAAUCUCCCCCACGUCAACUCCUCAACAAACCUCCCCCACAUCAUCUUAAACGAAAAGCCACGGACUCGUUGUUCCUUUUGGCUAUUGUUAUAACUCUCGACUCCAUUAAGGUAUUCGCAGAAUCUGUUUCUGAUGUGUUCCAAAUCCGUCUUAACAGGAAUAUUUGCACUGACCGCCGUGCCAUGGAGACUCUUAAGAGGCGCGAAUCCCUUGUUAAGGACGCCAUCGAACCCGUCGGCCGGUGGUCAACUUUUCAUGACAGUUCGCUUGUUUUAGAAGAAGUUGCCUCACUCCUUGGAAUAAGAUCGUCAUACAUACAUUCUAUCAGAAAGAAGGAUAACAUAAUCUUCAAGGCUUUCUGCAUGGCUGAUGAUGACGAUGCAAGAUCCCUCCGGUCACCGUCUCCAAUUUCUAUUCACCAUGAGGAAAUCAGCGACACAACAUCAUCUUCAUCCACUAUCAACAAGCCACUAACAACUCGACUUUCAACACCAGUACAAGAACCUGCAAGAGCAGCUACCCCCGCUACACCAUUAUUCGACGAACUUCCUGCACCCGCCCCAUUAUCCCCUUUACCUUCUGGCACUUCUACUCUACAAGUUAUUCCUCCAGCGACAUCAAACUACGCUCCACCUUAACCCCUUCAAGAUGAUCACCAAACACCUGUUCCUGCUUCUCAUCUUCAAUCCAACACACUUCAAGAUCUUCCUCCAGCAAUACCAAACUACGCUCCACCUUCGCCCCUUCAAGAUGAUCUCCAAACCCCUGUUCCUGCUUCUCCUCUUCAAUCCAACACUCUUCAAGAUCUUCCUCCAGCGACACCCACUCCACUAGCCCCUAGAUGAGUUAUAUACAAUUGCCACUCCCACUCCAGCUGCCAACAUGUACAAACCUACUCCAUCUGCAGAACUGCUUAGAUUCAAAGCUCGAUUCAUGCUCGUUGACGGAAACAUGCCUCUCUUCCCUUCAGCCAAGUGAGACUGGGCAACAGUUGAAGAAGAGUCCAUACUUCUUCUACCCAAUCUUUUGUGGCCCCCCAAGAAUUGGCGAAGACUCACCCCUGAUCAGCGUCUUCUGGCUGUGGAAUUCGCCAGCAUGUCCCUUACACAGACUGAAAACCAUUCUUCACUCCUUCUUCCAGAGCGAUCGUUCUUGAUACACAACUUCCACUUUCUUGUGCUCCCCGGCUCUGCAGGCUUUCCCCUGGAUAAUAAGGCAGAGGCCCGACUCUGAACUUAUCAAUCUCCCCUGGACAUCGCGAAUGGAAAGGACCAGUCCCCAUUUGCUAAUCAGACAGAUCUUCUGAAGGCUCUAACUCCUCUCUUCAAGAAGUCUUCAACGCUCCUGGAAAAAAUCAGUCACAUUCCUGUUAGAAUGUAAAUGUUAUUUUAAAGUGAAAAUUUUCAAAAUGGACUGUGUUUGUCAAGAUAAUUUGCAAACCGAAUAUAAGUGUGUACGCAUCAACAUGAUAAUACUUGUUUUGACGGACGGACGGACGGACCGACAUAAAGUGUAAUGUUGUGAAGAUUUGUUCAUGAAUUAUGGACAUUAUAUCUUGCGUGAACAUUUACUGUGGAAAUAUUCAUACUAUGAAGUUGCAUAACAUUGAAUUAUGUGCCACGGACGUUAAUGGUAAAACAGGUGUACUUUAAACAUGGAUAUUUUAUGUGUGAGCUAUUGAAUUGUGUUUCAUGGACUUUGUGAAUAAUAAUUUAACAGUGUUUCAUGGACUCUCGUGAAUGAUUAUGUGCCAUGAACUUUAAAGACAAUAAUUUAAACAUGAACUUUUUAUGUGUUAUAUUGAAUUGUGUUUCGUGGACUUGUGUGCCUACCACAUGGGCAUCAACAUUAACCUCUGAACAGUGUUUCAAUGUCAUUUUAAUUUUAAAUAAUGAACAUUAUAGUCUUGAAAAGUGCUAUUCUUACCUGGAAACUGUGAAAGAACAGCCGCAUGUUGAAACCUGAACUGAAGUAAGAAUGAAAUUAAUGUUAUUAUAAUAAAUAACAUGUUUUGUUGAUAAACUAUGCAAUUCUUAUUGUGUGAUGUAUUUUCUGAUUGUUGUUAUUGUUCAAACUUCAGGAGAAGUUUAUUUCUUUAAGGUAUGGGAAAUGUAAGGCCCUGGAGUAUUAAUUAACUUGUUUAUUAUCUGUUAUUUCAUAAUGUAAACAAACUUAUAUUGUUUAUAUUAUCAUUUACUCAACCAUUACACUAUCCCAUACACAAGAUUAUGGUUGAAGUGUUUAAUUGUUAUAUUAACUGAUAGAGUAAUCAUUUAAAUAUGUUUUGUCUAAUGAUUAUAAACAGAACUUGAAUUCCAAAACUUACUACCAAUGUCCGAACUUCAAGGAGGCAAGUCCAACCGUCAUCUUGCAAUGAUUCUAUUGGUUAUAUUCAUUUCUAAGUGACUUAACAUUGUAUGAUUAUAAUAAUACGACUAUAAGUUACUUUAAGACACUAUUUUAUAGUCAUUAAAUGUUCAUAUAUGUUGUUAUUUGUGUAAAAUUCGCCAUUCCUAAAAAGUACUUUUCAGCUGUUGAAGUAUUUCGGAUAUAUUGUACCGUAAUAUUUCUUUUCUGUCAUAACUGCAUUUUCGUUUAGGUCAGAGAGAAGUAUAUUUGUUUAUUGUUAGAUGUAGAAUCUUUUGCUCAUCUAUAUUUGCUCCUAAAAUGUUCCUUUGUUAGUUAAAAUAUAUAUUAUUGUUGAAUGUUUUGCCGCUAGAGAACUUUGUUUAAGAUUUAGGAUUCCUAAAUGCAUUUGAUUGGUUGUCGCAAUCCUUAGUCGUUUUGAUUGGCUUAGCCAAAUUCCUAAGACAUUAGUGCGCAGAAUCACGCAGAACCCUAAAUCCUAAGUUGCUGAGCGGCAGGUAUAAAUAGCGCGGAUAAACAACAUUUGGUAUAUUUUCAUGAUCACAAAAACUUCCGUUUAUUACGGCAUAAAAAUCAGAUCUUUAUUAAUUAUUUAGAUCUUAUUGUCAGAUCUUCUCCAUUCUGAGAAUGGUAAGCUAUUUUACAAGUUAAAACUAAUUUUACAUCUUUGGUUACAGUAUUUAGUACAAUAAAAUGAUUCAUUCUAUGUCUUAUGAACUCCAGAGAGCUCAAGAAUUUAUCUGCGCUAUACGAAAAUCCUUGUUAUAAGAUCUGUGUUUAAAGUCUACAUUGAAGUGCCUUUUGAAACAUGUCGACUUUAUAAUGCGAUAAUAUUAGUAACUUUUAGUAUCUGAAAAUAAAAGAUAUUGAAAACAUGAA